CCCUGGUAGAAAAUGAGAUCUUUUAGGAUUAGAUUAGAUUUCCGUGCUGGCCCGAUUGACUCCGCCCCUUCACCCCGUGCCCGACGACUAAACAACGUCCAGCGUCCGCCUCUUAAUUUUACACCGAUUUAAACAGUGGAAGUGAAACUCAGCGAGAUCCUUUCACGAAAAUUACCCACAGUACCUCUCGUCAAUCGAUCGGUGUCACUCAUCAGGAGGACAUGGAGUCCCUGUCUAGCCUCUCUACUGUGUGCAGAUCCAGUUAUGAUGACUGCAAAAAGGCUGCUGACUGGCUGCUGUACCGGACCAAGCAGCGACCCAAAGUAGCUAUCAUUUGUGGGUCAGGCUUGGGCGGCCUGGCUGAGUUGAUAGAUGACAAAACUAUUUUCCCGUAUGAGGACAUCCCAGGUUUCCCAACUAGCACCGUCGCAGGCCAUGCUGGUCAACUGGUUUUCGGGACGCUCCAGGGCCAGGAGUGCGUCUGCAUGCAGGGCCGGUUCCACUUCUACGAAGGCUACAGCAUGGAAACUGUGACAUUCCCUGUGCGAGUCUUCUCUCUGCUGGGCGUUGAAACUCUGAUUGUGACAAAUGCAGCUGGUGGACUAAAUGCCAGCUACAGAGUGGGAGACAUCAUGGUUAUUAAGGAUCAUAUUAACCUGCCGGGUUUUUCUGGACAGAGCCCACUGGUUGGGCACAAUGAUGACAGGUUUGGAGUACGUUUCCCCUGCAUGUCAGAUGCUUACGACCGGAACCUGAGAGCUUUGGCUAUUGAGGCAGCACACGAACAGAAAUGUGGCAGCUUUCUGCAGGAAGGAGUUUACUGUAUGGUGGCUGGUCCAACAUACGAGACCAUUGCUGAGUCUAAUCUCCUGAAGAAGUUGGGGGCAGAUGCCGUUGGUAUGAGCACUGUCCCAGAAGUGGUGGUGGCUCGUCACUGUGGCUUGCGUGUCUUGGGUCUCUCGCUGAUCACCAACAAAGUUGUGACAGAUUAUGACAGUAAUGAGAAAGCAAACCAUGAAGAGGUGCUAGCGACCACCAGCCUCCGGGCGCAAGACCUCCAGAGGCUUGUCAGACAUCUUAUCACGAAGAUCUAGCAACUUCAGGACAAAUCUGCAGGAAACAAUCAUUUCCAGACUUGAAUAAUGGUAUUUAGUUAGUUUAGCAUGAUGCUUGACCGUAUGAUUGACAAAUUAAGGAUGUACCUUGCCUCCUGCCGAAAGUCAACUGGAACAGGCUCAGGCACACCUGUCACCCUUGUGAGAAUAAUCAGUACAGAGACAAUCAAUAAGUUUACAUUUAGAAUUUUUAAGCAUCUUUAAUUAAGGUGCAGUGUGUUGACUGAAUAUGUUCAAGUGAAUAUUUUACAGGUUGCAGUAUUUCGACAAAGAGAAAGUCUUGCUGUUUUCAGUCACUUUUUAACUGGUGACUCCUGUCAGAUUUCCUGAUCGUUCCAGUCUUUAGAUUGUGAAAGGCCUGUAAAAGCCUUCAUCAACAGGCCACAUUAGAUUAUUUUUAUUUUCUUAAAUCAAUGGAUCUUUUUUUUAGUGUAUGCCAUUUUUUUUUUUGUUUCUUUACACCUGUGUUUGAGUCCACCAAUGAGUAUGUGCCGUCCAAGCGUGCUAAUACGCAUACGCCUUGACUGCACUCACAAGAGGCAUAUUUUUUUCUGUUUAAACAUUAUUUUUUUCAAUGAUCAGAGGUCUCGGAAAUUUGCGAUUUAUGCCCUUAAAUAAAAGCAACAUGAAGGAAAUUAAUACACUACAAGGCAAAAUUUUGUUUUCAUUGCAAAUUGCACACAGAUGCAAUUCGGGGCAACUAAAAGAAAGAAAAAAAAAACACUAAUUUGAGUUGGGACCAAAAUAUGAUUUGACCGAUAUAUCCAAUUGUUAAGGAUAGAAAUAAUAAUCAUUUGGUACAUAAUCUACCAGUAAUCCAGAGAUACAUCGUUUGCCGAGCUUUGCAUCGGCUUUCGCAAGGCUAGGAAUUGGUUUUCCGAGGUUUCAUAUUGUUUUCUUUUUUUAAAAACAUUGAAUACUCACAUAAUAGUAUUUGUUUGUUUAUUUGUUUGUUUGUUUAAGGAUAUGGCGGCAUGACUGCAGUCAUGGACCAAAUUCAAAAUUAAAGCCUUACCAAGUAUUGCUUCAUAUUAUGCAUAAUUUAUUGGGGUUUUAUUUUGAAUCCAGCCAGAGUGUUUCCAAGAUGGUUAUAAUGGCAUGCUUGACUUCUUACUGCUGAAACUGCACACUCAAGGGGAAAUAAUAUUCAAGAUAUUCCUUGACAUCACAAAAAUACGUCACCAAAAACAUAUUUAAAUUUUGUUUUCCUUGAAAUUUGGCACAAUCAAGUUAAAUAUUGCCUUUUUACAUGUUGGGUUUGAAGAACAAUAUUGCACUAAUUCAGUGCCAGCUCUAUAUAUGAAUUUAAUUCAUUCCAGGACCUGGUUUGUAAGUCAAAGUGGUCCUAUGUCGAGCAGGAUUUUUCCAUAAGAAUACAUUAUAAUUCGAUUAAUUAAUUCCACAGCCCAAAAACUUAUGAUAAAUCUUUAAUAAAAUACUGCUGGAACAAUUACAAAUAGCAAUUACACAUAGCAAAAUAAAAACAUUAUAAAUACAAAUUGGAAUAAUAAUAAUAAUAAUAACGUAAGGAAUUGGGUUCUAAUGUGGCGGUUAUGUUGUGGAUGCUGUUCUUGAACGUACCAUGUGACUGACGCCAGAGUGAGAGAGGUGUGGCAGAGUUUUUACUCUUUUUGUGUUGUUGUUGGCAUCAGCUACGGCGUACAGUAGCCGUGUUGUU